AUAUUGAUGAUAUUAACCAGGUCCAUAGAAUAUAUACAUUGUUAUAUAUAUCCCAUAGAGUAAUAUUGCUCUAUGAUAUAUCCAUCCUUAGCUGAUCAUAUCAAUAUUGUUCUAUGAUCAUAUGUAUGUAUCUAUUAUCUAUGACCAUUAUUGGACGUCGUCUCCCUGUAAUAUUGUGAUAGGAUGACAAUGAUAGUGUUAUCAGUUAUUGUCUGAUUGAUUUAAAAACAAAUAAUAUAAUUAUUAACAUAAUAGUUUAAUAUGUGAAUAACUAAUAUAAAAUAAUAUAUGUAUUAAAAUUUUAAAUAAUAAUUUGUGAAAUAUUGUUAGGAAGACGUGAAAUCUACCGUUUUUACUUUUUACUUUGUAUCAUUAUCCGUCAUGAUCAUAGACAAUGAAUGACAAAUAUAGUUGGUCAGUAUUAGGAUAUAUUUUGGUAUCAGGCCUUUGUUGUCAUGCGGCAAUGAAUUCAAAUAUGUCAAGAAACGAUGGCGGAGGAUUAAAAAACGAUUCGUUGUUGGAAAAUGACCCAGAGCUGAACUACGUUCCUUCUGGGCCAUUGGUCAUGUGCUCUUUCUUGCCGAUGGAAUUCAUUGAAUGUGAAGACCUAGUUGACUUAAAAGGAAACAAGACAAGAGAUGAUGCCAUGACAGGCGGGUGUUCUAAGUAUGGAGGUAGUUAUAGAUAUGAAGAUGUAGAAAAAACAACAGUUCAAUGCAUGGUUUUACCGGGUAUAGAAUGUCACGGUAAUAGAAAAUUCAACAAGAAAGGAAUUCCAUGCGUGAAAUAUGGUGGCUAUUAUUUUCUAACAACUCUGUUGUAUUCAAUUUUACUGGGAUUCCUUGGUAUGGACAGAUUUUGUCUGGGACAAACUGGAACAGCUGUUGGAAAACUAUUGACACUUGGAGGUGGUGGAGUCUGGUGGAUACUGGACGUCAUAUUGUUAGUCACUAAUCAACUUUUGCCCGAAGAUGGCAGUAAUUGGAAUAUUUAUGUUUAAUUAAACUGUUUAUUUUUGUAACUUUUAUAGAAUAAAAAUACUAAUUGUACAAAAAA